AUGCAAGAUGGAAGGGUGAUAGCAUAUGCUUCGAGGCAGCUCAAACCACAUGAAGAGAACUAUCCGACUCACGACUUGGAAAUGGCGGCUGUCGUGGAGUUGAAUCUGAGGCAACGUAGAUGGUUGAAGUUGGUGACGGACUGUGACUUGGAGAUUUUAUAUCAGGAAGGUAAGGCAAAUGUGGUUGCUGAUGCUUUGAGCCGGAAGUCAAGUCAUGACGUAUGUUCGAUGACAUUACCCAUAGACUUGUGUCAUGAGUUCGAGAAGUUACAAAUUCAGGUAGUGGGUCCUAAGGUGAUUGAAGGAUAUAUGGGUGCCUUGUCGGUUGACCCCGAGAUUUUGAGGGAGAUUCAGGAUGCUCAAGUUAAUGAUGAUGAUUUACUCGACUUAGCGAUGAUGGUGCAACAAGACAUUGCGGAGUAUGUCGUCAAGUGUUUGAAUUGUCAAAAGGACAAGGCGGAGCCUAAGACACCUAUGGGUUUGUUGAAACCUUUAGAGGUUCUGGAAUGGAAGUGGGACUCGAUUGCUAUGGAUUUUUUGACCGGAUUACCAAAGUCGAGAUCGAGCACAGAUGCCAUUUGGGUGGUUGUUGAUCGAUUGACUAAGGCAGCAGUUUUUAUCCCAAUAAGAAUGACUUUGAGCAUGCAAAAGUUGGUGAGGUUGUAUGUCCAACACGUGGUGAAGAGGUAUGGAGUCCCGGAGGUGAUUGUUUCGGAUUGUGACCCUCAUUUUCAGUCGCAUUUUUGGGAAGAAUGA